GUUUCACACAGUUCCCCCCGCCUCCCAAACUAAUUUCACUUGUCUUUUUGACAUCCUGUAUGCGCUUUCACUUUAGCCCCCACACACGUAAACCUGUGCUUUUCCAGCUUUGCUAAAUAAAUAGAUACACACAAUAUUUCUCUACACGCUGACAAGUUUUUUGCAAUGUGGAGGUAAAAACCAUCUAUUCGGGGGUUUUACAAAAUAUAAACACUUGUUGGAAGACCUAAACUAACUGGAGGACGUUCUAUGAGGAUUACUGAGCUGUUAACGUUUACAUGUAGAACAAAUUGGCACUAAGUAAUUUGUUUGGAAGAUAGAAAUAAUCCUCCUUCUUUCAUCUACAGCGAAUGCCGCCCCCCUUUACAGAUAAGUGGUAUAGCCCAGGCAGGAAGUAGACACGCUGAGCCUUGCUGCUGCAGAGAGCUGACUGUACACCGGUGAUGAAUGAAACUGGAGGUCUGGGUUAUUCCUACGAGUCCGAGUCCCCCCAGUAGGGUAAGAAGGAACAUUUGAGAAGUGGAAGCCUUCUUUAGCAGUGGAAUUGUAGCAGUUGUGAAGAUGGAGGAGGAGCAUAUAAAUCAACGUCCCAGUGCUACUGUUGAAGAAUAUAGUUACUCUGAGGCAGAUUUUGUGUUCUCAGGUUUAUCAUGGAAGGAAAGGCGUCAAUAUGCAGAAGACACAAGUUUCCUUUCACCUUUUGAUAAAGCACUUCAAAGUAAAUGGGAGCAGAAGAUGAAUGAGGGUUUAUUUCGUUAUCCCCUGAGAAACUUGCAGACUAAGAUAUUGCCAGGCUCUUUGAGCUAUGUGGCCCAACUAAACAUCCAGAGAAGUAUAAACAGGAGAAAGCCAGAGGACAUUUGGAGCAUCCAACAGAAGUUUAACCCAAACCAAUUUAAUUAUAAUAAGAUUAAACCUGAGGAAAUUGUGUUUCAGAUGAUCAGGUCAGAAACUGAGCAUUGUGUCGACUCAGACAAAGUACACGGCUCUUCAGUUAAUGGUAUGGGUACAUCUGACUGUAAAUCUGGAUCCACUCACCAAAGAUGUUGCAUACUGGAAUGCAAGGGUGGUUGUACUUUAGUUGUAAUCAAUGUAAGCCCUCUUGAAUUUGGCCAUGUUUUAUUUAUGCCAGAUCCUUCACUUUGCCUGCCGCAAAUUCUGACUGAGGAUCUUAUGUUGUUUGGCUUGGAAUCUGUUCUUUUGAGUGCCCAUCCUGGGUUUAGAGUUGGGUUUAAUAGCCUCGGAGGGUUUGCUUCUGUAAACCAUCUACAUCUGCAUGGGUUUUAUCUUGACCAUGAUCUUUUCAUAGAGUCCUCCAGCAGCAAGCCUCUGUGUCCUGAAAUGAACUUCCACUUGAUCACCCAUUUCCCUGCUCCGAGCUUUUUGUUUUACACAGAUGGGAGGAACUUGAAAUCUACUGCCCAGAACAUAUGUAAGGUUACAGAUUUUUUGGUGGCUAAAAAUAUAGCCCAUAAUUUGUUCAUUACAAGGGGCAGUAAUCCAGAUACAGGGAAUGGUUCUGAAGGUAGAAAUGGGAUUCGAGUUAAUAUCUGGGCAAGAAAGCCAAGUUUUGGGGCCAAGGAGGUAUCUGCUUUCAAUGUGGCAUUGUGUGAGCUAGCAGGCCACCUGCCUGUCAAAAAUCAAGAGGAUUUCAAUAGCAUUACAGAAGAUUCUGUCAUUGACAUUAUUCAUAAUUGCCUCUUAGCUGAUGAUGAAUUUACACAGCUUUCCUUAGAUCUAGUAGAGUAUUUAAGAAAAUGACAAAUAAUUUAAUAUAUAGGCAAUAAACUAUGUAUAAAAACA